UGUUUCAGGCAUGUCACAAAUGUGCGGUGGACAUUAAGCCUUUAUUUGCAAUUGGACUCUAAGUUGUUACACCUCCCUUAAGAAGUUUAUCCGCCUGUACAUGAAUUUGCGUUAUAGUCACAAGAGGGGGGAUGAAGACAACGCAAAGUGGGUGGUUUACUUUGAGAAAUGUUUGGUUUGAGAGAGAGAGAGAGAGAGAGAGAAAGAGAGAGAGACAUAUAAAGUUAAGGCAAGGAAGGAAGUCAGAUUACAGCACUCCAUAAACAUCUUACAGUACUUACCAGGACAUCUUACCAGUGAACAAGAGCCUUGUGAAGACAGAGAGAACACGUAUUUGUACUCUUUCCUUUCAACAAGAAGAAUGAAAUCUCAAAUAAAGACAACGUUUUCAAACUUCUUCUUUGAAUACGAAACUCCUCGACAGGUUCUGGUCAAGAACAAAAGAGUUGCAGUUGUGUGCCGAAUCAUCCAAAUGGGUGUUCUAGCUUACAUCAUUGGGUGGGUGUUCAUGUAUGAGAAAGGCUACCAGGUAGUAGAUACUGCCAUAGGCUCCAUCUUCACCAAGAUGAAGGGAGUGUCUUUUACAAAUAUCAGCAAAAAGGAGCGGAUAUGGGAUGUAGCUGAUUAUGUUUUUCCUGAACAGGGUGACUCGUCUUUUGUUGUGAUGACGAACUACAUUGUCACUGUGGGACAGAAACAGGGCAAAUGUGCUGAGCUGCCAGAUGGGAAGAACAAAUGCAAUUCUGACGCAGACUGCGAUGAGGGCAAAUACAAACGUAUGGGAAAUGGGCACAUGACGGGAAGGUGUAUGAACGAAACAAGUACUUGUGAGAUCUACUCCUGGUGUCCAGUUGAAGACGACCGUAAAAUACCAGACCCUCCAGUCCUGCUGACAGCAGAAAACUACACACUGUUCAUCAAAAACUCUAUCACUUUUCGCCAGUUUAAUGUAGUAAGGAGUAACUUGGUGGAGAGUGUGAAUCAGAGUUACAUCAAUACAUGUUUGUAUCAUCCCAAGACUGAUCCACUGUGUCCUAUCUUCAGACUGGGAGACAUUGUUGAGCGUUCUGGGUUAAAUUUCUCAGAGAUAGCUCGUGUGGGUGGUGCUAUAGGAGUCCUCAUCGACUGGGACUGCAAUCUGGACCUGAGUAUCAGACACUGCAAACCAAAGUAUGAAUUCUAUGGUCUUUAUGGAACGGGAAAAAAUGGGGACAAAGAAGAGAAACCAUCAUUGGGAUACAAUUUUAGAUAUGCUAAAUAUUAUGUGGAGGAUGCGGUGGAAAAGAGAACGCUAAUGAAGGUGUUUGGUGUACGGAUAGACAUCAUUGUUCAUGGACGGGCAGGAAAAUUUGAUAUCAUCCCUACAUUGACGGCUAUAGGCUCAGGAGUAGGAAUCUUUGGAGUGGCAACCGUUGUGUGUGAUAUGCUGCUCCUAUAUUUAGUUCCAAAGAGAGAUUUCUACAAAAACAUGAAAUUCAAGCAUACACAAAUCUUGGAAGAGAAGCCAGAUUUGCCCCAGUCAAAGACAGAAAGAGAUCUACCUAAGGAGUGAAGUCAAGACGGCUGCCAUGACGACUGACUACUGCACUGAAGAGAGAGAGAGAGAGAGAGAGAGAGAAAGAGAAAAAACACCUCAAAACUGGAGCUUCAACAAGACGACUUGACACAGAACUGUCAGACAUCACUUUUCCUUUCUAAAUAACAUUUCCUUCCCAAACUACUGAGGAAAGACAUUAAAACAGUGUUAUGAUUUAAGACAUAACUAAUAUCCAUUGAAUGUGUUCAUAUUGUAAAGGUACACAAUUGUAUGAGGGUUUUGAGGUCUUUACCAGCUUCCCAAAGUUUUUGGCGAUCACCACAUAAUGUUUGGAUAUGUCACCCAUAUUUAACUCUGGAUAAUCUAUCACCUUAAUAUUGCUAUUUUUAUUUACUGAUAGGUGUUUUGUAAAGGUUUUGUUGUUGUUGCUGUGAGCCUACAAUAUUUGUGUGAAAUAAAUUUUAGAUGGUUAGUCAACCAUAUGAGGUUGAAACUAACCAGCUAUGAAAGGCAGAAUAGUGAGUGAUUUAGGCCUAGUUUUAGCUCAUUCACAAAACACUGAGCCAAGAAACAUAGGAUGCUCUAUCUCAAAGAUCUGUUAUUUUAUUAUUAUUAUUAUUAUUAUUACACAGUCUUCUGCACUACUUGAUUUUAAUGCAGCAUUCUUUGGUCAAAUAUAUCAGAAAUAAGGACACAUUCCGACCACUUAUCCAGGAAACUCUUAGCUUUGCUUGUGUUCUGUCUCUAAAAUUAUGACUCAAAUCAAUAUUCCAUGCACAUAUAUUUAUUUGUUAGAAAAGUCAUGUAGUCAUUUAAAAAAAAAAAAAAAAAACAGUCAGGUAGAAUUGAGAGUUUCUGGACACUCAUACAGUCUUUCUUUGUAACAAAUAACAAAAUAGUUUUCCACAUAACAAAAUAAUUUGGUCACACUUUAGUUUGGGGACCAAUUCCCACUAUUAACUAUGACUUUUGCCUCAAUAAACUCCUAAUUUGCUGCUUAUUAAUAGUUAGUAAGGUAGUUGUUAAGUUUAGGUAUUGGGUGAAUUAAGGGAUCUAAAAUAUGGUCAUGCAGAAUAAUUUAUAUGUGCUUUAUAAGUACUAAUAAACAACCAAUAUGCUAGUAACAUGCACACUAAUAAGCAACCAGUUAAUAGUGAGAAUUGGUCUCACUGUUAACUGGUUACCAAUAAUUAAAACUCACAUCAAAAUAAAACCCUUUCAGGGUGAUACAAAUCCCCUCUGCUUUGCUCUGGCAUCCUGAUAACUCUGUCAGGGUGUCACACCCCUGGACUCUUUAAGUGUGUUUUUUGCCCCGUGACCCAGUUUCUGUCUCCCGUGUUUGGUUAAUUUGAUUCCAGGUAUGUCUAGUUUCUUCCCCAUGUGUUCUAUGUCCCCGUUAAUUAAGUUAUUCCAGGCACCUGUCUGCCCUUCGUUAUACUCUGUAUAAAGGUCUUAGUCCUUUCAAUCUGUGUUUGUUGGGUCUACAAGUUACAUACGUGUGUCUUCCUCCUGUUUUCAUGUUGGAUUUACCCCUGUGUUGGAUUUACCCCUGUGUUGGAUUAAUAAAUACUCACUCUCUC